AUGCAAGUCUCUCUUCACAACAAAGUGAAGACAUACAAUCUCACCGCUGGUAAGUCGCUACCAGAGUGGAUCAGUGAACGUAAAAAGAAUAAGCGACUCGCUGGUGGUGAACACCGAAUUGAACUCAUUCACGAUCUUGAGUUUCCACACUUUGCCCGUACUAUCUUCCGUUCAGCGAAUGGCACUCACCUUUUCGCUGCUGGUGAUUAUCCACCACGACUAAAAUGCUUUGAUGUGAAUCAACUCAGCAUGAAGUUUAGUUUCAACGCUGAUAUGCCUAUUCUCGGCGGUGUAUCUCUUUCACCCGAUUUCCGCAAAUUUGCCCUACGCGGAGAAGGGCGUCAAAUCACUGUUCAUCAUUCAGCGGCUAUUGUGGAUCGUGUGCGAGUGCCCCACACGAUGCGAUGUCUUGCCUAUCAUCCACACACAGCGGAGUUACUCUCCAGUGGCACCUCACAUGAAAUAUUUCGCCUUAGUUUAGAGACCGGUGCCUUUGUAGAAAGUUACAAAACACAAUCUGAGGAAGGUGUUAAUCAUGUGGAGGUGUUUAAACAACAUGGAAUGGUACUUUGUGCGGGUGUGGAUGGUGUGGUGGAGGCAUGGGAUAGUCGUUCCUCUUCCUGUGCAGCACGGUUAACAGUUGCAGGUCCUGGUGCUUCUUCUGGUAUUCAUGAAGCCUGUGAGUUGCGGCAUAUUGCGGCGGAUGAUGAAACUGGUCUUCUGUUUAGUUGUGGAACAGAGGCAGGACAAGUGUUAUUAUAUGAUUUACGAUUACAUAAACCACUUAUUGUUAAAGAUCAUAUGAAUUCUUUACCUAUUGUUAAAACGUACUUUUUCCAGGGUCGUAGUACUUCAACUGGUGAAGCUACACAUGUGCUUUCUGCAGAUACUCGUUCACUAAAGGUAUGGAGUAAAAAAGAUGGGAGUAACUUUACAAGUAUUGAAACUCCUGCAGAUAUUACAGAUUUUUGUCUUCUGCGUAGUCAACAUAACAUGGUGGAACCUUAUGAAUGUAGUGACAGUGGAGUUGUGUGUAUCUGUUGUGAUACCCCACGUGUACAAGUUCACUUUAUUCCUCAACUUGGUGUAGCCCCACGAUGGGCAUCCUUUUUAGAACUUCUCACAGAAGAACUUGAAGAAAAGGAAGUCACCACUGUAUAUGAUGAUUAUACAUUUAUUGCAAAGGAAGAAAUGGAUGCUCUUGGUAUGACAGCAGAAGAUUUGGCAGGUGGAAAGGUAAGACCUGUUAUGCAUGGUGCUUUUAUUGAAAAUGGAUUACUGCGUGAACUGAAGGCUGUAGUGGACCCAGGGGCAUUUAAUCGAUAUGUACAGGAGAGUGCCAAGCGCAAGACACAACAACGAUGGGAGAAUCGUAUCAGUAAAUUUAAACGUGUUCCUACUAAAGAUGAUGAUGAAGAAGAAAAUGGGGGAAAUGUGGGAGAACGCCGGUUAACAGUCAAAGGUGAAGCCUUGGCCGCCGCAAAGGCGGAUCCACGAUUCCAAAAGGCCUUCACCGGCAGUCAGUCAACUUCCUUCGCGUUGGAUCCCAACAAUCCGGAAUAUGCGAAACUGCUGCAUAUCAUUCACGAACGCCGUGCAGAGGCCAGUCGACGACGUCAACGGUAUGAGUCUGAUCUCUUCUCCAUCGUCCCGGAUGAGGAGGCCCACCGUGAUGAGGAUGAGGAUGAGGAUAACAACAAUAAUAAUAAAGAUAAUGCUAUGAAUGGUUCAUAUCAGAAUGGGGAUGAGGCGAGAAAUCAUUUGAAGGGCGUGCAGAGUAGCGGCAGACCACAGCGACGACGACGACAACGCAACACACCAGAAGAAUCACAAUCACAAUCACAACAACAAGAGUCUAAACGGCAAGUGACAUUAUAUGAGGCGAAGAAAGAUAAUCGUAUCUCCUUCACCAGUAAUGAUAAAGUCAUUCACGCCGCACGUAAACGGCAGCGAAUGGAGAAGUUGACUCUGGAGGAACGCCUUCAGCGGAUGUCAGCCUAA